CUGUCAGCCAGUGUACAGAAGUUACCACCGCCUUGGCUGCUGAUGUACGCUGAUGAUAUCGCACUGGUGGAUGAGGACAAGGGACGUUUAAUCCGGCGUGUGCACGAGUGGAAAGGGGCACUUGAGAACGGCGGGCUGAAAAUUAAUGCGACGAAGACAGAGUAUAUGGCUUGCAAUAGCUCGGAUCCUACCUCCAUCUGGAUCGACGACGUCAUGGUAGGGCGUACGGAUCACUUUAAGUAUCUUGGAUCUGAGCUCGAUGCGUCCGGAGACAUCGACCGCGACAUCAAAGCCCGUAUAACUGCGGCUUGGGCGAAGUGGCGUGAGGUGAUUGGAGUUAUUUGUGACCCUAAAAUGCCGGUCGUGCUGAAGGGACAGGUCUAUAAAACCAUCAUUAGGCCUGUCCUUAUGUACGGCAGUGAGGCAUGGCCUCUGCUGGAGCGGCACCGGCGGUUGUUGCAUGUCACGGAGAUGAAUAUGCUCCGUUACGCGGAAAGACCGCGUUCGUAA